AUGUUGAAGGAAAAAGACAAAGAACCCGUACCCCUUGAAGUGGAGCUAAUGAGGCGCGUCUGCAGGGCUCCCACUUGCCCGGGUAUAAUCCAGCUGCUGGACUGGUUUGUGGGACCCUCUGUAGUAAUCCUAGUCCUAGAGCGCCCCCUGUACUGUACAGACCUGCAAGUGUACAUCAAAUCAAAACCCGGGGGCCUGAACGAAUCCAAAGCCCGGCGGAUCUUCCGUCAGGUGGUGGAAGUCAUGUGGCACUGCCAAUCCAGGGGUGUCUUCCACAACGAUCUGAAAGCAGAGAACAUCCUGAUACAGCGGAAGAGCAAGCAAAUCAAGCUCAUUGACUUCGGCUGCGGGUUCAUCCUGCAAGAUGAGGCCUACAAGAAGCUGAGGGGCACUGUCCAGAACUUUCCCCCGGAGGUCUUCCGGAAGAAGUGCUACAAGGCUGUGCCGGCAACAUCGUGGUCCCUGGGCCUGCUGCUUUUUAACAUGCUUUGUGGGGAUAAACCCUUUGCUUCCAAGAAGGAAAUCCUUCAGGGCAUUUUCCAGUACAAGCGCUUCAUUUCACGAGGUACGAAAGCGCCACCUAGCAUCUCUCUCUUAAUAAACCGGCACCCACCCGCUCAUUCUCACCAUUUUCUGCUCCUCAGACUGCAAAAUCCUGAUUGA